CCAGUCACGACGGUGCGUGAAUCCACAUAUCCCCCGUACGCUAUCGCACCGACUGUUAUUUAUCACCGCGUAUAUAAGCACGACGACUGCUGUAUCACUGCGACAGUUUUCAUUUCGCGUGGUUGUCGCAUCGAUAUUCGGUUGUUGAACGGGAGUCGGUUUCAUCACCCAACGUGAUCAAUCGUGGAAAGUUCUCCGGAGCUGAAGUUUCGUGCCCGUAAGGUUUCGUUUCCCUCGCGAUGGUGGAUUCCGUGUUUCGUACCCGUUCCCUCGGUACGCCGGCCGAGGGUGUCAAGGAUCAAUAUGCGGAUGGCAAAGCGGCAAAAGUCUGGGAGGUCUUCAUCGGCGACAAGAAGCAACGUACGCAAAACUAUCGAGACUUCCUGGUGGGCUUGUUGCGGCGGAAGGGAUGUCGCCGAAUAUUGGAUGUCGCUUGUGGCACCGGCGUCGAUUCCGUGAUGCUGCUGGAGGAGGGCUUCGAGGUCGUCAGCGUCGAUGCGUCUGACAAGAUGCUUAAGCACGCGCUAAAAUCCAGAUGGGAUCGGAGAAAGGAGCCUGCUUUCGACAACUGGGUGAUCGAAGAGGCGAAUUGGCUGACUCUAUCCAGCGAUAUUAGCCAACUCGUUGGAGAAGGUUUCGAUGCUGUAAUAUGUUUGGGAAACAGUUUUGCUCACAUGCCAGAUUCUUUUGGCGAUCAAAGAGAGCAGAGACAGGCCUUGGCGAAUUUCGAGCGUUGCGUAAAACCGGGAGGUUUACUGCUCAUCGAUCACAGGAAUUACGAUUACAUUAUCAGAACCGGUCAAACCCCCUCAAAAUGCAUAUAUUAUAACAGUCAACAUAUGACAGACAUCAAGACGUCGGUACUUUAUGUAUCCGGAAAACCGAGGAUCGUUACUCUGGAUUACAUGAUCGCUCUGGAUGAGGAGAACAAGGAUAAUCCCGAAUACGUUAGCGAGUUUAGGCUGUCGUAUUAUCCUCACAGAUUAACAGUUUUCCGCGACAUGCUGACCGAGGCAUUCAGUCACGCGGCAAAACAUACUAUUUACGGUGACUUCAAGCCGCUCAAUCAGGUCGAGGAUCCCGGAUUUUACAUUCACGUAUUAGAGAAACAACAUUAAGGCGGGAUAUGAUGUGAUAUUCGUUUUAUUCCUUCGUGAUGUUCGUUUUAAAAAAAGCAUCAUCGGCUUUUCGGAAACAGUCGAAAGUUCCGUCAAACAGUUCCGUGCAACAAAAUGAUGGUUCAACCAAUGUCUUGUAUCUCGAAGUAUUGAGAAACGAACCCGUGUAAAAAUCAAUCAAGACGAAAUAUUUUUUUAUUAAACGUAAAGGAAAGACUACCCAAUUAGAAUUACACACGACGAAUUCUAAUUGUAUGUAAAAUUGUGUGUUGUGAAACACAAAAUUAUAUUAAUUAAGAAAUAUACAUUUUUACGUACACAAUACAAAUUAAUCUGAAAAAGAAUUGAUUUCUCUUAUUUAUAAAGAAAAUGGCGAAAAGAUGUAAUACGAAUAACGAGAGGCUCUCCCAUCUAGGAGGAGCGUAUUCUAUAAUAAAUAAAACACAACAGAAGGUACAGGU